AUGUCAGUGUGGAGUCUUCUCGUGGGUAUCUUAGCUAUUUGCUUGGUCAGUGCUACUAGUAGUAGUGAAGCUGGCAGCACUUCGUACGUGUUUUUGCAAAAGUUUCCCUUGGCCAACACGGGUGGUUGGAUUUUCCAUACAGAAGUGCUGGUGUGUCCACAAGAAGGAUUUUCUUUAGAGGAUCAAAAGUACUUGGACGGCUCGAUUGCUAGUCUGACGGACUUUGCAGAGAUUCCCACCACUUGGUGGUCUUCUAGGACUGCCAAUUGCAUCGAAUUCGGAUACGGAGGGGCGCCCUGCACGGAACGCUGCUGUGGGGCUCCCCAUAAAGACCCUGAAACACAUUUCCCACUCAAUGAAAAAAGAGCUGUCAUUGGCAAUGCUGAUACAGAGCAAAAAUCACUUUACCUAUACGGAAACAGCGGUAAUAAGACUGGAGACUUUGCCUAUCAUGCUCUCUGUGACACUUCCCAUGAAACUUGCUGGUCCAACUGGGCAGGUGUAGACUACAAUCCCCUCACCAACAAUUGCAACACAUUCACCAGUACCAUCCUUCACUGCAUCUAUGGACUCAGUGAAAAGAAACCGAAUCUGGGACCCUCCGACAUGGUCACUGUCACUUGUGACAAGUGCCCUAUCUACAUGAAUAACAGUCCUACUCAAGAUACUGUCAAUGAGAGAAUGAUGUUGCGACAUUCUAGUGCCACCAGCGGGAUCUAG